AUGUUUGUGAUCGAAUGGCGUUCAGGGCUAUUAAUUAUCCUCAAGAAAAAAAGGUCAAGAUGUAUGCCUUCUUCCGUAAACAAACAACGUGUAGUAGGCCCAGGUCAGAUAACGGACAUUCUUCAAACCUCUUUCGAAACGUCGCUUAUCACUCUCCCCGUGGAGAGGUAUCUCUACAACAUCGCCGCGGACCGGAGCGGGUUGGAAACCAAGACUGCGCAGUUCUGGAUGGCAAUUCUGCACCGCGAGUUCCCAGCUACUAGGCAAUUUUACCUUGUGCAGGAACAGAAUCCGUCGGAUGAGAGCAGACGCAGAGUCGACUGUAAGGUGUUUACCUGGGACGACACUCGCAACACAGUACGGGACGUUCUGUAUGUGGAGUUCAAACGUGCCGAGAUCACGCCUGCAGACCGGGAAUUAGCCGUCAAACAAGUUGAGGAUUACUGUUCUGAAUACAUCAUGGCGCCAAUGGGAUACACUUCCCUUUGGUGCAUGGUGUGUUACGGUACAAGAGCCGCCUUUUGGGAGGCCAAGUCCAGGGUGCGAACGAGGUCUGGAAGGACUUCUUGUAGCGCUCCACAAGAUUUGGCUUGGAUUGAUGCCGAUACUCCUGAGGCAAAGGAUAUUAGCGAUUUCUUUAAGAAGCUUUCCAAGUAG